ACUUCCUGCUUCAGGACCGGCAAGAUGGCGGCGGACACGCAGGUUUCAGACACGCUGAAGAAAUUUGCUGUAAACGUGACCACAGCCAGCGUGAAAGAGCGCAAGGAGAUAUUUGGAGACCUGAGAAAAUGUAUAAAGGGCAAAGAGUUACCGGAGCCUGCCGUCAAAGGACUGUGCAAACUCUUCUGUCUCACGCCGCACAGAUAUCGGGAUGCUGCGUCGCGCAGAGAGCCGCUCUCCGUCAUCGCUCAGCUGGCUGACGCUCAGCCGGACGUCCUGGUCACCAGCCUGCUCCACUGCCUGCUCAACAGUGGAGUCAUCAGCAAAAGUGGAGAGCCCAGUAAAUGCACCGGCUCUGCCGCCUUCAUCGGCCUGUCCUGGACCUGCCUUUUAGUCCCCGCUGUGUUUCCCACCCCGGAAAAAAGAGAAGGAGCCAUCUGGAAGAAAAUGGUGGAGACUCAGAGCCUUCUGGUGGCCGAGGUGGUCGGCGGAGCCAAGACCACAGCUCAGAAAUCCAGCCUCAAGCGUCUCAACCGCCUCUGGGCCCAAAGCCCCGGCCUGGUGGAUCACUACAUCGGCACGCUGCUGACUCUGGAUCAGAGCCCGACCACGCUGGCCCUGCUGGGGGUGUGUCUAGACUUCUGCACCGCUCAGAAAGACAAAGCCACGAUCGACAAGCAUAAGAGCGCCAUGUUGGACCUGUACCUGAAAUCAGUUCUGAUGAGCAAAACGAAGCCUCAGCGCCACAUCCUGGACAGAAGCGGCUCUUUGCUGCGCCACGUGUCGCACUCGGAGUUCAGAGAGCUGCUGCUGCCCGCCCUGCAGAAGGCCAUGCUGCGCAGCCCGGAGAACGCCAUGCAGACCGUUUCCUACCUGCUGUCCUCUGUGACCCUUGACCUCAGUCAGUACGCCAUGGACAUCGGAAAGGCCAUCGCAAGCCAGCUGAAGGCGAACAACGCCCAGCUGAUGGAGGAGGCGGUUCAGGCCAUGCAGAACCUGGCCCAGCAGUGCAGCGACCCCACCGCAGUGCAGGACAUCGCCACACACCUCUUCAAGAUCCUCGGAGGGUCUGAAGGAAAGCUGACUGUCGUCGCCCAGAAGAUGAGCGUGUUGUCUGGGAUCGCCAGCUGCAGCCAUCACGCGGUGUCAGGAACCUCCUGCCAGACGCUCAGCUCCGCGGUCGCUGUCAUGUUCAUCCCCUAUUUACAGCAAGAAGUUCACGAGGGCACCCUGGUGCACGCGGUGUCGGUGCUGUCCCAGUGGAGCGGCCGCCUCACGGUGGAGGUGCCCUCCGCCCUGCUGGACUGGUUCCAGAAAGCCUUCACCCUCAAGACCUCCACCUCCCCGGUGCGACACGCCUACCUCCAGGUCAUGCUGGGAGCCUUCAAAGGCGACACUCUGGCGCAGGCCUCCGGCCUCACGCCGCUGCUCCUGCAAACGGUUGAGAAGGCCGCGGCGCAGAACUCCCAGCACGCACUGCUCGCAGAAGGCGUGGCGGCCUCCGUUCUCCUGAGCCGCCUGGCCCAGCUGGAGACGCAGAGCGAGGCCAAAUUCGCCAACUUCUGGACGCUGGUCUUAGACGAGAAGAAGCCGCUGUUCACCACGGAGAAGUUCCUCUCUCAGGGGAGUGAAGAAACUCUGCUCACAGUCCUGCUUCUGUGUGAAAGGCUGUUUUUGGAUCACGCCCACAGACUCAGCACCAGCAAAUCACAGAUGUAUCAUCACGCCACGGUGGCCGUGCUCCUGUCCCGGAGCUGGCGCGUGAGGAAGAGGGCGCAGCAGAGCAUCAGGAAGCUGCUGUCCUCCCUGGGCGGAUCCAGCCUGGCGCACGGCCUUCUGGGAGAACUCCGAGCGGUCAUCAACAAACACAAAGUUCUGCCUCCAGACGUUCUGGUGUCGGAGUCCGGGGAGCUGACCGAGCUGGGGCGCAGCUACACCCCCCCUCGAGUGCUGCUGGACGCUCUGUGCGUGGUCUGCUCCUCGGCCAGCCAGUGGGGCGACGCCGCCGAGGCCGAGAGCCUGGCCAUGGAGACCCUCAUCGUGACCCACCAUCCCUCCAUCGUUGAAGCUCGCGCCGGUCUCUGGCCCGUUCUCCUCUCCUCCAUGAACCUGAAAGCCGAUGAGUUCAUCGACAAGAACCUGGAGGCCAUCUUACCUCAUCUGCUGGAGGUCAAUGCAGACAACCAGGCGGUGAGGAACGCCGUGGGCGCCCUGUCCGCCCUCUCCCCCAACAAGCUGCUCCCGCGGGUGAUCAGCCACGUCACGGCGGAGCUCUCCCGGCCGGCGCUGGUUCAGGUGACCAGGGAGGAGUACGCCAUCAUGCAGACGCCGGAGGGGGAGCUGUACGACAACAGCAUCAUCCAGAGUGCCCAGAAGGAAAACACUAAGAAGGUGAACAUGAAGAGGGAGAACAAGGCCUACUCCUACAAGGAACAGAUUAUUGAGCUGGAGUUACAGGAGGAACUAAAGAAGAAGAAAGGCAUCAAGGAGGAGGUGCAGCUCACCAGCAAACAGAAGGAAAUGAUGCAAAUCCAGCUGGAGAAGGAGUCCGCCAUUCGGAAAAAACUUCAGGGGCUGGACGCCGAGCUGCAGAGCGUGGUGGGUCUCCUGGAAGCCACGCUCAAGGCGAAGCCGGCUCAGCUCACCCGGGAGUUCCCGGCCGUCCUGCAGGUCCUGAUGCCUCUGCUGCACUCUCCUCUGGCGGCGCCGCGCGUCCAGCAGGUCUUCCUGGACAUCGGCGUCUGCCUCAUGCCCAAACACCUUCACCAUCUCGCCGUGCUCGUGGGUCACGUGACUCUCCGGCUGCUGAAGCCCGAGUGUGAGCUGGACGAGGCCUGGGGACAGGAGGACCUGGACACGGCGGCCCGGCGCACCGUCCUGCUGCUCCACAACCACACCGUCCCCCAGAGGGAGGGCAAGAGCGGCGACGUGGCUCCGUUUUCCGCCCCGGCCUUCUCCUUCUGCUUCCCCCUGCUGAACGCCACGCUCCGGGAGUCUUCGGGCGGCGGCGAGGAGGCGGAGAGCACCAUGGUCCGAGCGCUGCAGGUCAUCAACGAGCACUCGCAGCUGCGGGCCGACACGGCCGACGGCAGCGACAUCACCAUAGAUGAGAACGGUCCAGAACUGCUUCCUCGUGUCAGCAUGCUGCUGCUGCUGACCAGGAUUAUCUCUACAGCCACUCCAAGACUUCAGGUCUUGGCGUCUCAGUGUCUGACCGCUCUGUGCGCCAGCGCCGGCGGGGCGGACGGCUGCACCGUGGCGGAGCAGCCGGAGAUCGACGUCCUGCUCAACGCUCUGCUGUCGCCCUGCUUCUCUGUGCGCGACGCCGCCCUCAGGGGGCUGCUGGAGAUGGAGUUCGCCCUCCCGACAGACAGCACCGAGGCCAGCGGGCUGAGUCUGCUGCGCCGGCUGUGGGUUGCCCGGUUCGAUGUUGAGGAGGAGGGACGAGCUUUGGCUGAAAAACUCUGGGAGUCUCUGGGUCUGGAGCUGGUCCCUGAGCUCUGUUCCCUGCUGAUUGGAGACGUCACGCACCACGAGGAGGCCAUCCGCUCCGCCGCCGCCGAGGCCCUGUCCAGCGCCGUGUCGCAGUACAAGGACCAGUCGGCCACGGUGCUCAGCCAGCUGACGGAGCUCUACCACCAGAAGCUUUACAGACCUCCUCCGGUGCUGGACGCUCUCGGCAGAGUCAUCUCUGAAGCUCCUCCUGACCAGUGGGAGGCCAGAUGCGGCAUCGCUCUGGCUCUGAACAAGCUGUCGCAGUACCUGGACGAAUCUCAGGUCACCCCGCUCUUCCUCUUCUUUGUUCCCGACGCUCUGAACGACCGUCACACCGAGGUGCGCCGCUGCAUGCUGGACGCCGCCCUGUCGGCGCUCAACACGCACGGAAAGGAUAACGUCAGCUCCCUGCUGCCGGUGUUCGAGGAGUUCCUGAAGGACGCCCCGCAGGACGCCAGCUACGACUCCGUCCGCCAGAGCGUGGUGAUUCUCAUGGGCUCCCUGGCCAAACAUCUGGACAAGAACGACCCCAAAGUCAAACCCAUCGUGGCCAAGCUCAUCACCGCCCUGUCAACGCCUUCGCAGCAGGUCCAGGAGUCCGUGGCCAGCUGUCUGCCUCCUCUGGUUCCGGCCAUCAAGGAGGACGCGGCGGGGAUCGUCAGGAACCUGCUGCAGCUGCUGCUGGAGAGCGACAAGUACGCCGAGAGGAAGGGAGCGGCGUACGGCCUGGCCGGCCUGGUCAAGGGUCUGGGCAUCCUGGCCCUGAAGCAGCAGGACAUCAUGACCACGCUCACCGACGCCAUCCAGGACAAGAAGAACUUCAGGCGGAGGGAGGGCGCUCUGUUUGCCUUCGAGAUGCUGUGUAACAUGCUGGGGAAGCUGUUCGAGCCGUACGUGGUUCACGUGCUGCCGCACCUCCUGCUCUGCUUCGGAGACGGGAACCAGUACGUCAGAGAGGCUGCAGACGACUGCGCCAAGGCGGUGAUGAGGAACCUGAGCGCUCAUGGAGUCAAGCUGGUGCUGCCCUCUCUGCUGGUGGCCCUGGAAGAGGAGUCCUGGAGAACCAAAGCCGGCUCGGUGGAGCUGCUGGGUGCCAUGGCGUACUGCGCGCCCAAACAGCUGUCGUCCUGCCUGCCCAGCAUCGUGCCCAAGCUGACGGAGGUGCUGACCGACUCCCAUGUGAAGGUGCAGAAGGCCGGCCAGCAGGCGCUCCGGCAGAUCGGCUCCGUCAUCCGCAACCCCGAAAUCCUGGCCAUCACGCCCAUCCUGCUGGACGCCCUGACCGACCCGUCCAGGCGGACGCAGACCUGCCUGCAGACGCUGCUGGACACCAAGUUUGUGCACUUCAUCGACGCGCCGUCGCUCGCCCUCAUCAUGCCCAUCGUCCAGAGGGCCUUCCAGGACCGCUCCACCGACACCCGCAAGAUGGCCGCCCAGAUCAUAGGCAACAUGUACUCGCUGACCGACCAGAAGGAUCUGUCUCCCUACCUGCCGAGCGUCAUCCCCGGGCUGAAGGCCUCGCUGCUGGACCCGGUGCCCGAGGUCCGUACGGUCUCGGCGAAAGCCCUGGGCGCCAUGGUGAAGGGGAUGGGGGAGUCGUGCUUCGACGACCUGCUGCCGUGGCUCAUGGAGACGCUGGCGUCCGAGCAGAGCUCCGUCGAUCGCUCCGGAGCCGCACAAGGCCUGGCCGAGGUGAUGGCCGGGCUCGGCGUGGAGAAGCUGGACAAGCUGAUGCCGGACGUGGUUACGACGGCCAGCAAAGUGGACAUCGCCUCACACGUCAGGGACGGCUACAUCAUGAUGUUCAUCUACCUGCCGCUCACCUUCGGGGACAAAUUCACUCCCUACGUCGGGCCCAUCAUCCCCUGCAUCCUCAAGGCUCUGGCUGAUGAGAACGAGUACGUGCGUGACACGGCGCUGCGAGCCGGCCAGCGGAUCAUCAGCAUGUACGCCGAGACCGCCAUCGCCCUGCUGCUCCCCGAGCUGGAGCAAGGCCUGUUCGACGACCUGUGGAGGAUCAGGUUCAGCUCCGUGCAGCUGCUCGGAGAUCUGCUGUUCCACAUCUCCGGAGUGACGGGGAAGAUGACCACCGAGACGGCCUCGGAGGACGACAACUUCGGCACGGCCGCUUCCAAUAAAGCCAUCAUCUCGGCGCUGGGCGCGGAGCGCCGUAACCGCGUCCUGUCCGGCCUCUACAUGGGCCGCUCCGACACCCAGCUGGUGGUGCGGCAGGCGUCGCUGCACGUGUGGAAGAUCGUGGUGUCCAACACGCCGCGCACCCUGAGAGAGAUCCUGCCCACGCUCUUCACCCUGCUGCUGGGCUUCCUGGCCUCCACCUGCCCCGACAAGAGAACCAUCGCCGCCCGGACGCUGGGCGACCUGGUGAGGAAGCUGGGAGAGAAGAUCCUCCCGGAGAUCAUCCCCAUCCUGGAGGACGGGCUGCGCUCGGACAAGAGCGACGAGCGGCAGGGCGUCUGCAUCGGCCUCAGCGAGAUCAUGAAGUCCACCAGCAAAGACGCGGUCCUGGUCUUCUCGGAGUCGCUGGUCCCCACAGUGAGGAAGGCGCUGUGCGACCCCCUGGAGGAGGUCCGAGAGGCCGCCGCCAAAACCUUCGAGCAGCUGCACGCCACCAUCGGCCACCAGGCGCUGGACGACAUCCUGCCGACUCUUCUCAAGCAGCUGGAUGAUGAGGAGACGGCCGAGUUCGCGCUGGACGGCCUGAAACAAGUCAUGGCGGUGAAGAGUCGAUCUGUGCUCCCGUACCUGGUUCCAAAGCUGACCGCCCCUCCUGUGAACACCCGGGUCCUGGCCUUCCUCUCCGCCGUGGCCGGAGACGCCCUGACCCGCCACCUCGGGGUCAUCCUGCCCGCCCUGCUGUCCUCCAUGAAGGGGAAGCUGGGGACGGAGGACGAGGCUCAGGAGCUGUGCAGCUGCCAGACGGUCAUCCUGUCCGUGGAGGACGAGGUGGGCCAGCGGAUCAUCAUCGAGGACCUGCUGGAGGCCACCCGGGGCUCCGACCCCGGCCACCGCCAGGCCGCCGUCACCAUCCUCAACGCGUACUUCGCCCGCACCCGCCUGGACUACAGCGCCCACACCCGCACGCUGCUGUCGGGCCUCAUCCGCCUCCUCAACGACCCCAACCCGGAGGUCCUGUCUCAGAGCUGGGACACCAUCAACUCCAUCACCAAGAAGCUGGACGCCAGCAGUCAGCUGGCGCUCAUCGACGACCUGCAUCGAGACAUCCGGUCCGCAGCCGCAGACGUGAAGGGUCAACACCUGCCCGGCUUCUGCCUGCCCAAGAAGGGUGUGACCUGCAUCCUGCCCGUCCUGAGGGAAGGCGUCCUCACCGGCAGCCCCGAGCAGAAGGAAGAAGCGGCUAAAGCGCUGGGCGGCGUCAUCAAGCUCACCUCCCCCGAGGCGCUGCGGCCGUCCGUCAUCAACAUCACCGGGCCGCUCAUCCGCAUCCUGGGAGACCGCUUCGCCUGGACGGUGAAGACGGCGCUGCUGGAGACCCUCACUCUGCUCCUGGCCAAGGUGGGCAUCGCCCUGAAGCCCUUCCUGCCGCAGCUGCAGACCACCUUCCUGAAGGCGCUGCAGGACUCCAGCCGCGCCGUGAGGCUGAGGGCGGCCGAGGCGCUGGGCCAGCUGGUCUCCAUCCACACCAAGGUGGACCCGCUCUUCAGCGAGCAGCUGUCCGCCAUCCGGAACGCCGAGGACUCCGGAGUCAGGGAGACGAUGCUGCAGGCCCUGAGGUUCGUCAUCCAGGGCGCCGGCUCGAAGGUGGACCCCGCCAUCCGCAAAACCAUCACCACUACGCUGCUCGGCAUGCUGGGACACGACGAGGAUGCAACCCGCAUGGCCUCGGCCGGCUGCAUCGGCGAGCUGUGUGCCUUCCUGUCUGAGGACGAGCUGAAGUUGGUGUUGCUUCAGCACAUCUUGGCCGACAUGUCCGGCGUGGACUGGAUGGUGCGCCACGGCCGCAGCCUGGCCCUCGCCAUCGCCGUCAAGUGCGCUCCGGAGAGGCUGUGCGCGAAGGAAUACUGCGACACGGUGACCGAGAUGAUCCUUGCCAACGCCACCGCUGACCGGAUUCCCAUUGCUACGAGUGGCAUCAGAGGCAUGGGCUUCCUGAUGAGGCAUCACUGCCGAACGGAGGGCGGCGGCGGCGUCACGCAGCGCUUCAUCACUCAGUUUGUUAAGUGUCUCCAGAACCAGUCCAGCGACAUCCGGCUGGUGUCGGAGCGCGUGCUGUGGUGGGUGUUCAAGGAGCCAUCGCCGCCCCCCGUGGACGUGGCCGUGGUCAAGCCGCUGCUGAAGAGCCUGCUGGACAACACCAAGGACAAGAACACCACGGUGCGGGCGCAGAGCGAGCACACCAUCGUCAACCUGCUGCAGCUCCGCCGGGGGGAGGACGUCAUGCAGAGCAUGACGGCCAUCCUGGACUCUGCCAGUAACGACCUGCUGUCAGAGUGUCACCGCCGCUCUCUGAAGAAAAUCUCCAGCUCGCCAGACUCCAAUGAAGAGAUCGACGACACCAUUCUGACAUGAUGGUGCCAGACUGAAACAAUCAAAUGCCCCCCCCCCCGCCCCGCAACACAUACAUGAAGUCCUCAGACUGCGAGAACCCCGAACACACUCGGCCCUGCGCCGGCCCCGUCAGACACCAGUCGUGUUUUGACCGUAUUCCCCGUUUUUUUUUCUUUUCUUGCUCCUUUUCGUUGUUUUACGGGCCUUAAAGCCCGGGUUAUUAUAACUCCUUUGUUUUAUCUGGCAGUGUGCAGGCAUCCCAACCCAAUGAGGAAGUGCAUUACAAACACACAAUGCCAAAUCCGUUUUGAUAUUCCAAUGUUUUGCUGCUUAUUUUACCAAAAACUGAUUUCAGUCGUUGAAACUGCCUCUUGGAGUGACAUUAAAAAAACAAACAAACACUGUCUUGAACUUUUAUUUGACUCUUGUGUGUGAGAGUUCUUUGGGGGAGAAAUCAAACAUUCUGAUGUCAGAGAUACGGUUGUAAAAAGGCAAUACAGAAUAAAAGGAUCUUGAUUUCA